AUGGCACCUCAGCACAAAUCUCGAGACUCCCUCACGGGAUUGAGCUUUGGGAUAGGUAUCGAUCGUGACAUUGAUGAAGCUGAAAAAGAAUUCAGCUUAAUCAAAGGUCACAUUGUUACCAUAAAACGGGGAGCCAGUUCUGGAGAGGACAUGGCUACCGAGCUUGGUUAUGAUUCCGAUCAACGGAAUCGAAUCACAGCCACACUCAGAAAUGGGACGGACGUCUUGAAGGAGAUCAAAUCUCUACAACAAGACAUCCGUAUUGCCAAGUCAUCUGUCAGGCAAGCUGAUUCCAGAUCACUUGCCGGGCUGGAUCACGAUGACGAUGAGGAAGCUCGCAAAAGAGCUGCCUCUCAAGUGGUACGCUUUUUGGUAGAGUCACCAGACGCCCUGACGCUUGCAAGUCAAAUGGGCCAGUUGCCUCCUGCCAUGAUCGCUACCAUAAAAGACGCCCAAGGCCUCUUCUUAAACGAUGACCUUGUUUCUCUCCGUAACCAAUUGGAUGAAGCAAAUGAGAAGAUCAAUGUUGUAGAGGCUAAAGGCCGUGAUUGUGAACGUGAAGCUCAGAGGGCUAUGCAAGAACUGCGUAAAGCCCAAGAGCAGCACGAAAGCAACGAGACAGCUUUAAAACGAAGGAUAGCGAACGCCGAUGGUCAACUUCAUAGCAAUGAACAACUGGCGGAAGGCAAACUUCAAAAAUUAAAGCUGGAUAUGCAAGCCGAGAUCAACCGUCAGAAAGACAGAUUUGACAGUUGCAAGGCUGAAAAGACUACUCUCGAAAGACAGACGAAGGAUCUCGAGGCUCAGCUCCAAGAGGCCAAGAGACAGAAUGUCAAUCAGAGCAGUAAGACGGCAGAUAACUUGCGCGCGUAUAAAGAAAGUAUACAAAAGAAGCGCCAGGUUUUGACCGAUCUGAAUGUAAAGAUCAAUGACCUUGAGAAAGCUCUGAUCAAUAAAGAUAACACCAUCACCAGACGUGACGAUGUUAUCUAUACUCGGGACCAGGAGAUUCAAUCGCUGAAUGAAGCCCAUUCAGAACAGCGUGAGAAGCUUGCCGAGAAGGAUCGAAAGAUCAAGGAGCUUGAAAGAGCUUCUAAUGAUAAAGACAGUAAUAUCACGCAACGUGAUGUUCUUGUCAAGGCCAGAGAACAAGAGAUCCGAUCGCUGAGUGAAACCAUUUUAAAACAAAAUAAGACUCUUGGCGAAAAGGAUCGAAAGAUCAAGGAUCUUGAGAAAGCUUCAGGCCAUAAAGACAAUAAAAUCACAAAAUGUGACGAUAUUGUUAAUGCUCGGGAAGAAGAGGUUAAAGUGCUAAAAAUCGCCAUUUCAAAGCAUCAAACUUCUCUUGCCGAGAAAGAUCAAAAGAUCAAGGAGCUUGAGAAAGCGUCUAAAGAGAAAGGCAAUACUAUCAUACAACAUGAUGGUCUUGUCAAGGCUCGAGAAGAAGAUGUUAGAAUGCUAAAUUUAGCUAUUUCGAAGCAUCAAGCUUCUCUUGCCGACAAAGAUCGAAAGAUCAAGGAGCUUGAGAAAGCUUCUAAUGAAAAGGAUGAUACCAUCGCGACACGCAAUGGUAUUAUCAAGACACAGGUCCAAGAAGCUGCGACAUUCCUCAGGCAUAUAUCUGAAGUAGAAUCGUCUAGUGACUUGAACCAUGUCGCUAAAGAGGUUCUGGUAGACUCUACCAAGGCGUCUUUAGCACCGGCUCAGUGGCAACCGUGGAAGAUCCACUCAUGGUCUGAUGAAACGUCCCUAAAGAUCACCCCAAUUGAUCGAAGCCCAGAAGCCAUUGCUAUCCAGAUCCUUGUGGCAUUGGAUGGCAGAUCGCUAGAAGGCGUGGAGUUGUUGAGUUUGCUUUAUGGUCUACAAACAUCCUUGUGCAACUCCUCCAUGGUCUCUUCUAUGAUCCCAAUGCUCCUCAGAGCGUUCACUGCGGUUGGGACCGGCGUGCACUUUAUGCACCGAUUAGUCAUGUGCCAGAUUGCAAACUUGCUGGCCCCAACUGAUGAGGCUUUGCAUCAAUUUACUGCAGCCUUGGACAAUGUUGAUCCUCAAAUCAAUAGUCUACCCUUAUUGGCCUUUAUCGACGGUCUGGAGGAAUUCUCGCUGCUGACUUAG